CUGCACCGCUGCGAUCAGCGCGUGCGGGAAGGGUGAGCAAUGGCAGAGGGCGGUGACGCUGCUCAGCGAGAUGUGGGAGACGAAGAUUGAGCGCAACGUGAUCAGCUACAACGCUGGGAUCAGCUCGUGCGAGAAGGGCGAGCAGUGGCAGUGGGCGCUGGCGCUGCUGAGCGAGAUGUGGGAGGCUAUGCUGGAGCCCGACAAUGCAUCAGCUACAACGCCGGGAUCAGCGCGUGCCAGGCUGGCGAGCAGUGGCAGCGGUCGAUGGCGCUGCUUGGAGAGAUGUGGGAGGCGAAGCUGCAGCCCGACGAUAUUUAUACGUCAGCUACAACGCUGGGAUCAGCGCGUGCGAGAAGGGCGAGCAGUGGCAGCGGGCGCUGUCGCUGCUGAGCGAGAUGUGGGAGGCGAAGCUGGAGCCCAACGUCAUCUCCUCUUACUGUGCAGGGAGGCGUGGCUGCGAAAGACGCGAGCAGGAAUCCCCCUACAACGCUGGGAUCAGCGCGUGCGGGAAGGGCAAGCAGUGGCAGCGGGUUCUAGCGUUGCUGAGCGAGAUGUGGGAGGCGAAGCAGGAUCCGAAUACCUCAGCUACAUCGCCGGAAUCAUAGCGUGUGAGAGAUGCGGCCACUGGCGGCAUGCGCUGUCGUUGCUCGACGACAUGCGGGAGAGCAACUUGACGCCGAAUUUGCGGGACAUUUACAAAGUGGUGAUUACAGCUUACGAGAGGUCGUCUCGCGAUUUAGCAGGAUUCCCGGGACAGCUUCAGAUCGGUCUUGAGCGGUUUCGAAUACAUUUUGGAGCAUUGUGCGUGAAGGACCACGUUGGGCAACCGACGUGA